CGAAUAGAGUAUCGUUUCACAACUCAAAUUGGCGUGUGCUUACUUACCUACUUAACAUAAUUAUUCAUUAUUAAAAACGAAAUUGCGGCGUGCGGGCGGCGUUUUAAUUCGUCGCGCGUAUUAUUUUUUAACGGGAUUCGACCGUAGAAUAAUUUCCUGCGUCAAUAUAUCAUCUAUUUUAAGUUCGGUUCAGUCAUUGUUAUGUCGGCGUGCCAGCAUUAUGUCGCUCGCGAUUUUAAAACAACUAAGACAUUGGUAGUAUUGUUGCGAAGUUUAGUCAUUCGCGAUUAAAUCCGCGAUAAAGAUAAGAUAGGAGGGCCAGAUAAGGAACGGUUUUUACACGCAAAGGAUAUCACAAUGUUACGAGCUAAUCUGGCGUAGACAGCCGAUUUAUGGAGAACGUAGAAUUGAGAAGAACCUCCGCGAGGAAGUCCAAGAACAAGCUGAAGUUCGCGUCCUUCACUUCGUACUUCCGCAGGAGCCAUAUGAACGGGCAGCUGAUCUCGGAACCGACGAAUUUCGAGAAAAAGGAGUUCCAGGUGGAGAAUUUGGCGCCGCACGUUUCGAUACAAGAAUGCCCUUUCGAUGUCACCGGCUACGGGAAGCUCAUCAUGAGGGACAAGUUCAAGAUGAAGAGGCCGGUGAAGAAGGAGAGCGUCACCGUUUUCAUGUUUGAGAGAAUCAUCGUGUUUACAAGUGAAGAAGAAACGGAUUUAUACUAUUAUCUAGGCAGCAUACAAAUGACCAACCUGAGCAUGGUAGCGCCGAAAAAGAAAAAUAAAAUAUUACUGGUAGAUUACAACAAAAUGAGGCAGCCGAAUUUGAAGCAGAUGAACGUCGAGUACAAGUUGAAAACGAAGAACGUGGACACGGCCAAAGCCUGGAGGGAAGCGAUCCAGAAAUGCCUGUGGAAAGAGUUGCUUUCGGCCAGAGGUCAGCAAUGCGACGUUGAUUGUCGGUGUGAAGUUCAAUCAGGCAAGAUUCACGGUUGCUUUUUCAUUAAAUUUCACGUUUUAUCGAUUUGUAAUUACUUAUUAGAUACCUAUAAUUUACCUAUAACAGAUGCCAAUGGCUGCUAAGAUAAGGAGGAAAUAUUCUUACCUAGAAAAGCCCUCACCAAUAUUAAUAAUUGCAAUUCGAUUAUUGGUAUUAUUAUUAUUCACAUUUUGGCCGGCGCGCUGGGGCUUUACAGAAUAAAAAAUGCCACUUUUAUUGAAACGUAUUAAGCACUUAACACAUCCAAUGUUUUGAGUUUUUUUAAGUAUUAAUUAAGAAAGGCAAAUGACACCAAAAGGAGAAAUAAUUAAGCACCGUAAGGCAAUGUAAUUAAUAUUUUUUUGCAAAUUGCCAAAGACAGAACAAAAGCUCUCGGUUACAUUAUUUGCUUUUAGAUUACGCUAAAUUGGGCAUAGAAAAAGGAAAAAAAUGAGCACGAAACUGUAAAUUAUUUAGUAAAUUGACCAGAAAAUUUGGAAUAUCGUCGAAACAACAUUUUGGAUAAGAUAAAAAUUAAAAGUAUAAUUAACAAUAUACCAUAUAUAUAUCAUCGAUUUCUUAUACGAUUUUUAUCGAAUAAAAAAUUUUAUAUAGCACUUUUGAUUGGUAAAUACUGAUUACAUGGAAUUAUGUAUACGGAGAUCUCCAACGACCUCGUUAAAACUAAAUUAACUAAGUAAGGUAUGAAAGCUUUUUUGAUCACAGCAAUGUGAAAAAUGUGCUUAGAUGUAUCAUCUGCUUUCCUUUGCAGAACAUUGUCAUGCUAUUUUAUUGAAGACGCUUGGUUUUUUAUCAUCAGCCACACAUUUGCUUCAAAAUGUUUUCAAUUGGUUCAUAUGCAUGAAAAAGAAAAAUUUUUAAAUACAUUGAGUGCCAGAUUACACAGCCAAUUCAUUACUUAAGGUUCAGCAAUAAACUGAAUUAGUGACACAUAGUGAUUUUUUGUAAAUUUUCCACCUUUGAUAUUUCCCUGCCCAAAUUUUUCCCCAGCACAUUUUUUUUACUAGUGCAUCUAAUGUAAAAAUCUAAUCUCAAACUAUGAUUUUUUUAAGCCAGGAACCUUUCUAACCUUUCUAGCCCCCUUCAAAAAUAAAAUUGAAGUGUUUUGGGUUUUUGCAGGAAAAAUUUGUGCAGGGAAAUAUGGGAGGUGGAAACUUUUACCAAACUUUAAUU